AUGAAAGAGCUUCAAAAGUUGAACGGGAGGGCUGUAGCCCUAGGACGAUUCUUGUCUAAAUCUGUGGAGAGAAGCCUCCCUUUCUUCAAAGUCCUAAGAGGAAGCAGAAACCCAAAAGAGGGUAUAACCUGGACAGCUGAAUGCAAAGCAGCAUUUCAGGAUCUCAAAGCCUAUCUAAGCACUAAGCCAUUAUUGAGCCAAUCUAUGAAAGGAGAGACUUUGUUCAUGUACAUAGACAUCUCCUCCGAAGCAGUGAGCUUUGUCCUUGUUCGGGAGGAAGAAAAUAUUCAGAAGCCUUGGGUCUUGGAUCUAUUAGGGCCUCUCCCUUUAGCCUCAGGGCAGAGUAAAUUUCUUAUUGUGGCAAUCAACUACUUCACCAAGUGGAUCGAGGCCGAACCAUUGGCUAGGAUUGCCAAGGGUUUCCGUGACUUUAGUGGGGAAUACAGCAUCCACCUCAAGUUUGCCUUAGUUUCUCAUCCAAAAUCAAAUGGCCUUAUGGAGGCUACUAACAAAUGCAUCCUCCAAGCAUUAAAGAAGAAGGUGGACACCGUCGUAGGAUAUUGGGUUGAAGAGUUGCCGAGCAUCCUAUGGUCGUACCAAACAACCCAUAAGAAUUCAACUAGGGAGACCCCCUUUAAGCUAACAUAUGGGGAUGAAGCGGUUACUCCGGUUGAAGUGGGCAUGUCGACUAUUCAGCUGCGACACUUUGAUGAAGACCUGAACUCAAUAGGACUUCGAGUCGGCCUCGACCUUUUAGAAGAAGUCAGAGAGAAAGCACUUCAUACUUAG